UCUUGACUGACUGUUGAACUCUACUGGGGAGGGAAGAGUUGGGAAGAGUUGGUGAAGAUGCAUUGAAGCUGAGAAACUGCCAAGUACCCAGACUCCAGUUCUCUGCCGCGGUGCACAGCUGUACUGUUUACUAAGUAUGAGGAGCAGCAGACCGACGGAACGGUCUAAACAACACUACAGAAAUGAUUAACCCAAAUGCAAAGAAGGAUUUUCAACCUCCACUUUGAAGCCAAAUACACUUUAUUUAUCUUUUUUUUUUGUUGUUGUUUUCAUUCAUUGGUGUUCAUCAUACAAUGAGCACACUCCAGCAGCUGGGGACAAUGUCUUUUUUGAUGAAAAAGAAGAAGUUCAAGUUUCAAGUGCAUUUCACAUUGGAGGAGCUUACAGCAGUGCCCUUUGUCAACGGAGUGCUUUUCUGCAAGAUCCGGCUGACUGAUGGUGGGGACUUUGCCAUCUUGUCAUCCAGGGAGGAGGUGCAGCAGAACUGUGUUCGAUGGAGGAAGAAGUUCUCUUUUGUGUGUAAAAUGAGCGCUAAUCCAAUCACUGGAGUGUUGGACCCCUGCAUCUGUAGGGUCUCUGUACGCAAGGAGCUCAAAGGAGGAAAGACCUUCUCCAAGCUAGGCUUUGCUGAUCUGAACAUUGCAGAGUUCGCUGGUUCUGGUUCCGCAGUUCGCUGUUGCAUCCUGGAGGGCUAUGACACCAAAAACACUCGGCAGGACAACUCUAUCCUCAAGGUAACAAUUGGGAUGACUCUUCUUUCUGGGGAUCCCUGCUUUAAAACGCCUCCCAGCACAGCCAAAUCUGUCUCCACUGGGGACGAGGACCCCACCCUGCAGCUGGACUGUAAGGGUGAGAGCACUGAUGACAAAGUGCAACCACUAGGGAGCGUCAUGGAGGGACACCGAGCCUUCAAACCCAGACAGUCGUCAGUACGUAGCUCAGGGCUGCCUGAGGAAGGAGAGAGUGUAUCCAGCCCAGACGAGGUCUUUCACACUGGUCAUUUCCGCAGCUCCAGCUAUGCCAGCCAGCACAGCAAGAUAUCAGGUUACAGCACAGGUCACUCUCGAUCCUCCAGCCUGACUGACCUCAGUCACCAUAGGAACGCCUCCUCCAGCAGCAGCGCCUCAUGCGGCUUCGCCCACCCGGCCCAGCUGCCUCCCUCCACCCCCACCGAGCCGCGCCAACAAGCAACUCCCACCAGACCAGAGAGACCUCCUCCCCCCUCUGCAGCAGCCCUCAUGUCCAACAGAUCCUCCAGGAGGAAGAAGGACACUGUGGAGAGGCAGCCCAGCUGUGUGGAUGACACCCGCAUCGAUGCUGAUGACAUUGUGGAGAAGAUAGUUCAGAGCCAGAACUUUUCUGACAGCAGCAACAAUGAAGACAGCAACUUGAGAUUGUUUGUCAGCAAAGACGGGACCACGGCCCUCAGUGGGACACAGCUCGCCAACAGAGUGACACCCGGUAUCUUUGAAGCAGUUGUCAUUGAGACUCACUGAGAGAUGCACCCUUUCAUCUCCAGCCUGGUCAACUGGUUAAUGAUUCUAUGACAUCUGAUUGUCCAUGACUGUGUAUGUAUGUACAUACCUGUCUCCGGUGCACACAGCUUGAUAUAAGACUACUAUGAUAUAUUGAGCCUAUAUAGUAUAUUUAAUCAGGUGGAGGGAGAUGUGUUACACAUGAUUACCGUAUUUUCUCAAAUAGUGGACAGGGCCUUUUUUUUUAGCUUAUAUAAAAAGGGAACCAGGCCAUGAUUUGCAAUUUGACUUGUUUUAUAAGUACAUUUGAAAAUAUUCUGAUCUGCUCUGGUGUCCUAUAUUAACCAGCAGUUCCUGUUGUUUGCUGUUAAUGCAAAUUCAACAUAUACUCUGUCUGUUUCACAUUAAAAUGCCUCCAGCAGUCCAGAAGGAACAGUUUCUUCCCUUCCCUGGGAAGCUUUUAUUGUGGAACAUCUACAGGAAGUGUUGGAUUAUAUUAACACUAGCUGAUUGUGGGCAAAGUGCAUUGGCAAAUAUUUUUAGACUCAUGUACAGGUUAGUAAACAAUGCUCUAAAAUGAUAAUGUAUGUGCACCAAUUACCACUUCCUUCUCUCUCAUUAAUGACAAGUUAUGCCAUAAAUAGCAGGAACUGAAGGUUGUUGUGGCUACUACAUUUCAGUAAUAGUGGCCGACUUUGGCAGCUAUCCAUUUAGUGCAUAAUACAGUGCAAAAGAAACACUAAAAGUCAUAAAGAAAAUCUAACCUAAAUGAGCCGUUAUGUUCCCUUAAUUCAUGUGCAUACUUUUUUUUUUUGGGAGCUUUCAUUACUAAUUUUACUAAUUACUGAGUUAGUAUUUUCCCUCCUUAGACUGAGAGAUGAGUAUUUCUGUUAAAAACAGAUACUGGUAAUUUAGUUUUUUUCACUUUUUCAGGGCUGUUAUUUAGUGCCGGGUGCUAUUUGAGAAUUUACAGUAAUCCAAUAAUCAUUUUCUUUACAUUGGGUGUGUCUCAAACUAGUCCCUCGUUCAGUAGUUCGUCAUUUUCUACCAAGAUCCACUAGACAAUUUGUAGAAACUUUGUUUCCAUUCAAAUGUAGUGCAAAUUUGAAGCAAAAUUACAGGAAAUCUGCAAAAGAAAAUGCAAGUGAACAUGUUUCCAUCCACUACUGUUAUGUGAGUUUUAAGAAUUGGUCUCAUCAAGAUAAAGAGUUGGUGACAUUAAUUCUCCAGUCUGUGCCAUUAAACCAUUGCAGAUGAAAAGGGCGAAAUCAUUAAAGACCGCCAGUCAAAGCUCAAAUGAUAGAAAAUCAUGUAGAAAACAUGAUGGAAAUACGACAUUCCUGUUAGUUUCAUGUAUUCUCUUGAGGAAUGUUACCGUCUCCUCAUUGCUCCACACAGAUGUGAUGUUUUCAUGUAUCAUGUGCACCAUCAUUUAUUCAUUUAUUAUUUGGUUUCCAUUGCACCAACUUUUACACCUCAGCCAAGUGCAAAACAUUCUUGCACUAUUUUGACUUUGACUUUUAUUUUAUUUAGAACUUUCAUCACAUUUUCAUGUGGAAAUUGAAAAUGUGCAUAAAACAUGAGGAUACACUUACAAACAUACAAGAUCCCGCACCAUACUUUAUUUAAAAUAUAUUGUAAGCAUUGUUACAACUACAGGUGUAGAUACUGUAUGUUGCUGAUGUGACAUCAUUGUCCUGCGCUGCCUUAAAACUAUGUGACAUGUCACUGACCGAUCAGUGUUCAAUUGAUCAGUGAAUUAGUCAGAAAUCUACUUCGUCUUCACCUUCACCUUGCUCAAUACUAUGUACUGAACAAGGGACCAGUCUGAAUCACACCCACUGAAACUUUAAUGAGUUCUACUUGCACAAAUUACUUGAACAAUACCCUGAAAACCACUGCAUUGUGGGAAUCGUAGUGCAACACUGAAAUGAUGAUGCAUUGGAGAGGUCCUCGUCAACUCGUAAAAUGGAACAUUUCUUAGUUUACCACCAGGAAGUGGUACCUGAUCAACUGACAAAAUACAACAAUGUACCAGGUUAAUUUCAAUAUAACUUGGAUGUCUCUAUCAUAAGAUAUAUUAUCAAAUGUAACAGCCUACAUGCAGUGAUGAACAUCAUGUUCAGGCUGCUAACAGGGACAAAGAGUGCAGUUUAUGUCUGGCUUUUUGACUUUUCGACUGGUCCAGUUCACAUGAUGGAUUAACCAGUGACUGAUGACCACUUGAAUCAAAUUCCUGGUAAAUAUGACUUCAUCAGAUAAUUUAACGAGCUGACAAGGACCCAACAAAUGCGAGAGCCAUCAGUGGCUCUCACAGAGGGCAGACGCUCUGUAGAAAGAGUGAGUCAAAAUCAGCCUGAAACUGGAACAGAAACAUAAAUCCUUUUAUUAUAUUUUUAUGUUAUUUGAUCACUGUAUAUACAUAUUAUAUAUAUUAUACUAUUUUGCACACAUGUACUUUCUGAGGAGGAUUGUUAGAAACCACUAAAGGGAAAUUGAGAUGACAUUGUUUUCUGAAAUGACUUAAGGACAUGUUAUGGGUGUUUUUUUUUUAAUUUCUUUAUUUUUUUCUGUUACAUUUUAAUGCUUGAGCUCUUGUUAAAGGACAAACUGUCAUUUGGUGAAUCUGUCAAAGGCUGUAACAAAGCCUGUGUUCAUAUGGCUGGCCAUAUGUAACCAUCCAUCCUGUGCACUCACUAAGUACUUAUUCACUCUUUGAAUUUGAAUUCUCUUGUAAACUCAUCAAGAAUGUGAGAUUUUCUGGUGAUGUACUUGCUUACCUGAACUCUAUCUGCUAUUCACCCAGCAGUUUUUAAACUUUGGUCAGAUUAACUCAUCCCUGUCACAGCCUUUGAUAUACAUUACAGUAAGUAUACACAGAUUAGUCGAACCCAGAAGGCAAGUAUUUCAUGAACGUUAAAAGCAUGUUACAUUGCAACAGGCUGGAUAAAAAAGGUUACUUAAAGCUGAAUUCAUUAUUUUUUUAGCCACUAGGAGGCAGCAGAACAAGCUGUGAACACAACAUUGCCAUGUUAUCACCUUUAUAAAGUUAUUAUAAGGAACAUAUUAGCAUUUACUCAACCAGCAGACAUGGAGCAACAUUAGCAUUCAUCAUUUAAAGUUGUGUUUCUGGCCUCCUGGUAAAUAUAAGUAUUUACUCUAAUUUUAACUCAGUUUUUGGUCUCCAGCAACUCCUGAGGGACAUAUCUGAUGCUUUAGCUGCUAAAUGCCCCACUAUGCUAACUUUGCUUGUCUGCCAUUUGGUGCUGGGCAGGUAGGGCACAUUAGGUUUAUAAGAGCUUUUUCACUGAAUACAGCUUCCUGCUGGCACUGCAAACAUGGUUGAUGGGCUGGAAACCCAAAGAAAUGAGCAAAAAGACACUAACAAGCUCCAUAGAGCUGAGGAAAAGUGCAGAGAUGGGUGAUAAUUUCCUGUUGAUUUGUCACUACAACUGACCCCUUUCGUAUUACACAGUCAUUUGAUUUUUUAUUGAUGUAUAAAAAAAAUUGUUGACUUGGUUUGGAUCCACAGCUUGUGCUGUUUAAGAGAAUCUGAUCUCUAUAUUGGCAGAUGGAUCACUGAUUGAUGAUCAGUUGACCGCUGCAGGACCAAAUAGUUUCAGGGUAUUUAUUUAAGUUAGUCAGCCAACUCAUUUAUCAGUGAGACAGACUCAUGUUAAUGCACCUGACCAGAUGAAUACUAGCCUGCUAUCGGCUGUUGCCCUGCUUACAUUCUGGCUUCACAGUGACCACACAGCAGUUACCAAAAAGACAAACUGGAGGACUCAUUGCACUUUGUAGUAUUAGCGGUUUUUGUUCUGUGAGGAUGCUGCAGUAUAGCCUACUGCAAGUUGUAAUUCAAGAAAUUCCUGUUUUCAAUAUCAUAUUUGAAUGACAUGUGUAAACUCAAUCCCUGCCACUUUGUGUAGGGGGCUAACAGUGAUACUGUGGCCCUGAUGUUGUGAGGUCAGGCCCACAGCUGCAGCAGCACAAAGCCUCUGUUGUACCAGAACGGACAAUAUACAAUGGAUCCUCACUGUGUGUUUGUGUGUCUGCAGUAUGUGAAUGUUAAUGCUGAUACUGUAUAGUCAGUGAGUGUGCCGUAUGCAUGCAGGUCAUGCAUAUCCGACGGUCAGAGAAUGGAAAGCUUCCUUUUAAUUUUUGCUCUGAUCCCUCAAACCCUGGUUACUACUGGGUAAAUACUGCAAAAGAAUUAGGAUCAAUUGUAGGUAAAUACUGGUGAACACUGGGGAUACUGGUGUUAACUUUGCAACUGCUGUUUAUGCUUCAUAAGGGAUUCCAGCCACAGCAGUUUUCCAUUGCCGUCCACACUAAAACACAAAAAACUAGGAAUGUAUACGGUAUACAGUUCAGUGCCUAUAAAAAGUAUUGUCAUUUCUAUGUCUUUAAACAAAUGUGCUUUUCUCUUGCAAUAGCUGUCUAAAUUUAUCACUUCAUGGUUAUAUAAGGUUAUAUUCCAUAUGUACAUGGGCUCAGUCCUUCCCUGUACAUAUGGAAAAUACUGUACAUGGUGGAGAAAUCUCAUCUCAGUAUCAUUACACACAUAACCCUCUAAUCUAUUUACUUUCCUUUACUUUCAGACCAGCAGGCUGGUCUACAGAUUUGUACAGAAUUGUCUGUAAAAGUAAAUACUGUAUGGUGAGAUGGGAGUGAAAGGAUAAAGUCAUUAUUUAACAUUGAAGGGCAUGUUCAUUAGAGAAUACUUACAGUAAAGGGAACAGUUGUGUUGGUGAGUUGACCGCUACUGUGAUUUGUUCUAGAAAACCUUUUUCCUUCCUUUGUACUUGACAGUAUAACCUGUGAUGUUAUUAACUACAUUUAUUCAACUUUCAAAGCUUUCUGCAUGUGGUGAAAGGGUUUUUUUUCUUUCCUGAUCAUUGCAUAAUUAGAUUGUCAUUUUAUUGCAUUUGUAGCUGUGACAUGGAUUUGAUUUGCAUAGGAAGGAGGUUUUGGUAAAGAGAAUAUAGAAACUACUCUAACUUUUGUAACUUAUUAAAUUCAGUUUGUACCUAUACUUGUCAAAUUAAUAUAUGAAAUAUAUAAAACACUUCUCUUAGCAUAAAUAUAUUAAAUAAACACCAUUCUGUCUACAUUUUAGGUAUACUUUUGUUUUGUUUUCUUUAGAAGUUAACUUGUGAAUGGAAAAUUUUUAUUAUGUUUUUUUUUUUCAAAUGUAAUUCCACAUACAAAUAUUUUCUCUCCUUUUAUCAAAAGGUCAGGAAAUACAUGUAAAAGUCACAUCAAGAGUUGAGAUGAUCUGUCCUAUUAAUAACUGUGUGUAAACAAAGGAGCAAUGGAUUAUGAAUUAUUUGCAUUAACAUGCACACCAAAUAAAAUUGCAAAGAAUUAUCAUCA